GAUCUGCAGUUGGAUUCCACCACGUGGAAUUUAAGCUGUUGGGCCCUGAAACUUUAUUCAGCAGUUGGAAACCAUUCCACAGCGUUACUCCUUCACCCUCCCACUUGGGACUAAUGCACAGGCAUGAACACCUAUUGAGGAAAACCACACAGGACUUCAACCAGUGACUACGUUAUCAGGUCACUAGUUACUUCCAGUCACUGUGAAUUUGCUGAAAUGAAGACUGUACAUUCUACACUUCUCCUGCUACUGCUCGUGCCUCUGACACAGCCAGCACCACAAAUUCAACUCGACUCACAUACUAACUAUGAGUAUGGAACAGAUCAUUUGGAAGAAUCAAAAUUUAGCCAGGACUAUGAAGAUAAAUACCUGCAUGGAAAAAAUACUAAGGAAAAGGAAACCAUGAUAAUUCCUGAUGAAAAAAGUCUCCAGUUACAAAAAGAUGAGGUUGUACCAUCAUUACCCACCAAGAAAGAAAAUGAUGAAAUGCCUACAUGCCUGUUGUGUGUCUGUUUAAGUGGCUCUGUCUACUGUGAAGAAGUUGACAUUGAUGCUGUGCCACCACUGCCAAAGGAAUCAGCUUAUCUUUAUGCACGAUUCAACAAAAUUAAAAAGCUGACCGCCAAAGAUUUUGCAGAUAUGCCUAACUUAAGAAGACUUGAUUUUACGGGAAAUUUGAUAGAAGACAUAGAAGAUAGUACUUUUUCAAAACUUUCUCUGUUGGAAGAACUUACACUUGCUGAAAACCAGCUAGUAAGACUUCCAGUUCUUCCUAUGAAGCUUACUUUACUUAAUGCUAAGUACAACAAAAUCAAGAGUAAAGGGAUUAAAGCAAACACAUUCAAAAAACUGAAUAAGCUCUCUUUCCUCUAUUUGGACCAUAAUGAUCUGGAAUCUGUGCCUCCUAAUUUACCAGAAAGUCUCCGUGUAAUUCACCUUCAGUUUAACAGCAUAUCUUCAAUUACAGAUGAUACAUUCUGCAAGGCUAAUGACACUCGUUACAUCCGGGACCAAAUUGAAGAGAUUCGCCUGGAGGGCAAUCCAAUUGCUCUGGGAAAGCAUCCAAACAGUUUCAUUUGCUUAAAAAGAUUACCUAUAGGAUCAUACUUUUAAAAACCAUCAACGCAGUGUAUAAUCUAAAGUAGUGUACCUAAUGUCUUAAAGGAACAUAAACAUUAGCUUACUAUUAUCAUUUUAUCUCACUAUUAUAAAAGUUUGUUUAAUCAAUGAAGUCCAAAAUUCUUAAAUUUUUUCUUAUGUUACUAUAAAAAUAAUCCAGACUGAAUCUUAGUUCAAAACAAAAUGACAUGAAACUAAACAACACUAAAACCCCUUGUAGUUUACAUCUAAACAGUGUCCUUUUAUACAAACACUCACAAGAGAUCCACCAUUCCCAAGACUAAUGAAGUAAGAGAAUGCCAAGAAACGUUCAACUGUUUGUCUUUCUUAACAUUUACUGUAUUUCAAAAGCAUUUAAGGCGAUGUUCCAAGAAACUGUGAAAAGCCAGAUGUUCCAAGUGACCGUCCAUUGACUUUAUGAUUCAUCAGCAUUCUCCAUGAAGCAGAAACCUUUUCUGUUAUGGCAGCUAUUUUACUGUAUUUCUCACUUAGUCUAAGAAAAAGGGUAGCCACAUCUAGGCAAAACUUUUCCAGAAAAGUUAAAUUUCACUCUUUGGUAUAGAACCAAUUUAGAAAAGUUCAGUUUUAUACUUUGUGGUCACACAGAUAGUCUUUAGUCAAUUACUUAAAAAAAUUCUAAGAAAAAAAAUCAAAAUUCUAUUCAUUUUCUCGGAGAGUAAUAAGAGCCCUUCACUCUAAAGAUUCUCAAACAUGAAAUGAGUGUAAACUUUUCACAGUAUAGGAAGGAUUUCAUCAAUAAAUCUGUUCAAAUAAGAAAUUUAAA